UGCUCGGUCUCUCUCUCUCUCACACACAAAUACACACACACUCUUUCCUGUUCCCUGAGCUCUGCUCACUGCAGUAACAAGACGGUUCCAGCCACAGGUGAAGACAACAGAAACAGAGAUGCUUCACAAUAAAGGGGGAAGGCUAUGGACGGACAGCUAGCAGAGAGGGACACACAGAAAGGGAUGUGAGGAACUUCCUUCUUACUGUGUGCCAACGCCAACAACUCUCCAUCCAAACACCAAGCCAUGGGAAAGGACUGCAUGGGUAAGACUCACAGGGCAGAAUUAGCACAUCAUAUAGAGGACAGCAUCAGCCUGAUGUGAAGUUUUGUAGUGCAGCCAGCACAAUCUAAGGAGGGUCAAAACUGACUAAACCUAAAUGGUUAUUUUCUUUCUGAAGGACAAGAGAAUUCCUUUCAUCUGCUGCUUACUGCCUUGAGGUAUCCAGGGCUUGGUUACAGUGUCAGGAGACAAUCAGUCAAACAAGGAGAGAUUUCUGGGACCUGUCAAAAUACAAAUACGAAAGCAAAAAGUGAAAAGUGAAGUGGUCUUCCUUCAGAAAACAUUUGAACCAGAACCUGCCUUUCUCUUCACAAUAAAGUUGAUGUCGCACUCAAUUGAAAUUGUCCAACGAGGAAGCUGAUCAGAGGCACAAUCGUUUUAAUACUCUGCACAAGAGAGGAUUUCAUUUAUAUUUUAGGUCGUCCUUUAAAAACUUCUUAAAGCCAAACAUAGUCUUUAAAGCGAAGGGACUUCCCAUUGCUCUCUAUUCCCAGAUACCCCGAGUACCCUCACUGACGCAGAGAACCGAGCCACAUGGAGCUAGGGGCUGAUGUGCCUUUCUACGGCUACUUCAGCAGGACCCCUACUGAGACAAAGGGUCCCAGCUCCCAGCCAUUCCUCCUGGAUCACCAGGAGAACCAUCUGAGGAACUGGGAAGUUGGAGAGGAUUGCCAGGCCAGAGUCAUGGGCACGGAGAAAGAAAAUGGCAUUGCCGAGAGCUUGGAGCCAAGUCCCACGAUCAGCGAGGGGUCCAUCAGGGAGCCAGCCUCCACCCUGAGGGAAGACACCUGCCCCUUGACCAUUUCAUCUGGACGGGUCACACCAAGCAAGACUGGGACAAGGGGCAGAGGGAAGUGCAGACCUCCCAAGAUAGCGCCACCUGUGGCACCAGGUUUGACUCAACAGCAGAGACCAGCAAGUCUCUGCCGCAGCCUCAGUGUGAGUGAGCAGGAGGCAAAAGACGCCAGGAUCCAAAGCCAGAAAAUUGCAGCCCAGCUGACUACUCCACCAAGUACCAACUCCAAAGGCGUCUUGCUCUUCAACAGGCGCAGGAAGAGAGUGAAUGCAUUCACCUUAACAAGUUACGGCCAGCGACAGCACUGCUGUGACCUGGAACCAGGCAGCCCUGCUGAUGGAGAGGGCCGAGACCCUGGAGACAGUCUAGCUAGGGAGCCAGGCAGAGAACUGCCCACAACGCCUGACUCCUCGGAGGACACCAGCCUCCAGCGCUGUCAGGGGAAAGCUGAGGGCCACACCAUGGAGCCCACGCUGACAGUCGGAAACCAUGAGGAGGCAGUGGACCAGAGAGGCCUGACGGGAGCAGCAGAAGACUACGGGUCUGAGGACGGGGGGCAACGGGACGAAGAGGCAGCAGAGGAGGAUGGAGGCGAGGGGGAGCCUGGGCACGAGCUGGGAUUCCAGAGCCCCACGGGGCCACAUCCAGUGGAGAUCAACCAUUCGGUGAAGCCGGCCAGGACGACAGUGGAGGUGCACUUGCAGACUCCGUGCCCGCCACGCAACCCAGACGGUGAGCAUCUACAGAGAGAGGUCAAUGGUCAAACCGGCGGAGGUCAACAUGGAGAGAGCCACAUGGCCCACAGGCCCGAAGAGAAGCGGGCACCCUUGGCCAACAGGACACCCAGGCCCUUCUCGGUGGAAGGGGGCUCUCCGAAGCCCUACAAGCCGCCGGCCGGUGUUCCUGAGAUCGCUCCGUACGGCCCGGUUUACUCCCACGCGCCGGCGGCCUCCACCAGGACAUCUUCGGCACCGCCUCCAGGGUGCAGCUCGCCGGGCCUGGAGCGGCCGCCCGCGUGGGCCCACAAGACCGGCAUCCUGGAGGAGUCGAGGGCGCGGAGGGCGGCCAGGAAGCCCAUGUUCACCUUCCACGAGAAGCCCAAGGUGGCGCCGAACCCCGAGCUCCUCUCGCUGGUGCAGGGCAUCGACGUCCAGAAGCGGAAAGGCGGCCAGGCCGAGGCGGAGGAGGACGACAGCCUGGGCCUCGGCGCGGAGGCCGCCAACUUCAACCAGAAGAAGCCGUCGCCCCCCGUGGCCCCCAAGCCUCCCGGCGGGAGGGGGCGCGGUCACGACCGCGGCGAGCCGCCGGUUCCCGAGUGGGCGUCGUGCCUCAAGCCGCCCGAGCUCCGGGCCCCGCGCGCCUCAGGCGCCAGCCAGGCCCUGGCCGAGGUCAAAGGUAAAGGGGCGGAGCUGUUCGCGCGGCGGCAGACCCGGAUGGAGAGGUACACCAUCGAGGCGCCGGUUGCCAUGGAGACCAGGCCCAGGCCGCCUUCCCCCACCAUGUCCCUGCCGCCAUCUUGGAAAUGCGGCGACCAGCCGCCCGACCGCCCGGGACCGGGCCUGGCCCUCGCCCUCGGCCGCCGCUCUCCGGUAUCCGCCUUCGCCCAGGUGGGCAAGGCGAACGGGAACCCCGGGCCUCCCCGCCGCCAGCAGAUGAGCUCCUCGCUGUUCAUCAUCACUCCGGAGAAGACCCCCCUCAGCUCGCUGCCCAGAGGGGCCCCCUCUCCGCCCCGCCUCGUCAGGCCUAACCCCGGCCAGGCCUCCUACCUCAGGCAGAGCUCGGUGCCGCUCUCCUCGUGCCCCCCGACGGCCGCCAAGCCUCCUCCUGCCGCCUCCUCCUCCUCCCGCCUCAACGGAUUCACCGAGCAGAGCCCCGCCGCGGCCGAGCCCCUAGCUCGGAGCUUCCAGCCUCCUCUUCCUCUCCCCGGCCCCAGCAGCAGCAGCAGCUCCCCGUCCCCCCGAGCCGCCAAGGAGGUGCCGCAAGCCCCGAGACCCUCCUUCUCCGCCCGGAAAGCUGGACUGGAACCCCAGGGACCAGUCUCUCCAGGAAGCUCGCUUUGGAAGGCCAGCUUCGAGCGGAGAUUGAGCAGCCCCCGGCUAUACACAGACACGUUUCGGACUCCUCCAGAGAGCCCGAGAUUGCCCUUUUCCCCAGUCAGCAGCAGCGUUAGCCCAGGAGCGGGCGGCACAACCUAUAAUAACUGGAGUCCGCUCGGUGAGCCCAAAGCCAGCCCAGGCUCUAACCCAGAUAGCCGCCGCCUUAAGGAGCUGCUGGCCAAGAAUGUGCUCAGUGCCGCUCGUCGUAAGAAGCUGUCAAGCCCCCCAGCUUCUCCCGGGGAGCUGCCCCCCAGCCCCAGGAGCCCCCACAGCCCUUGCCCCUCUCCACAGGUGCCCCUCUCACCCAGCAUGGUCUCUCCAGACACUCCAACUGUCCGCUCGCCACUCCGCCUCUAUCGCAGGUCACUCACUGAUUCGGAGUUCUCACUGGCCUCGGAUGAUUCCGGGCCCAGGUCCCCCAGUUACUACAACUUCUGUCCGCGGGGAUGGACUGGGAGCAAACUCCGACAGAGUGAGCAGUUGUAAAGUCAGACGGUGGGAGCAGAGCCAAAGUGUGUAUGUGUGAGCCCAGAUAUGUAGUUAUGUGUAUGUAGGUGUGAGCACGUGUGUGUGUGUGUGAUUGUGUCUGAGUGUAAGUGUGUGUAUAUGGUUGUGAGUGAGCACAUGUGUGUGCUUGUGCGUGUUAGUGUGCAUGUGUGGUUGAGAGUGAGCGCACAUUUGGUUGUGAGUGUGAGUGAGCGCGUGUGUAUAUGGUGAGAGUGUGAGCGUGUGUGUGGUUGUGAGUGCGCGUGUGUGUGUGGUUCUGUGAGUAAGCAUGCACAUGUGUGGUUGUGUAUGUGAAUGUGAACACGAGUAUGUGUGGUUGUGUAUGAGAAUAUGAGCCUGCGUGUGUGUGGUUGUGUAUGAGUAUGAGCAGUGUGUGUGUGGUUGUGUAUGUGAGUGAGUGUGUGUGGUUGUAUAUAUGAG